AGAAGGGCCGGCCUGCCAGGGUGCAGUGGCUCAUGCCUGUAAUCCCAGCACUUUGAGAGGCCAAAGUGUGCAGAUGACCUGAGGUCAGGAGUUCGAGAUCAGCAUGGCCAACAUGGUGAAACCCUGCCUUUACCAAAAAUACAAAAAAGCUGGGUGUGGUGAUGCGUGCCUGUAGCCCCAGCUACUUGGGAGACUGAGGCAGGAGAAUUGCUUGAACCCGGGAGGUGGAGGUUGCAGUGAGCCAAGAUUGCGCCAUUGCACUCCAGCCUGGGCAACAGAGCAAGACUCCGUCUUUUAAAAAAAAAAAAAAAGAAGGGCUGGUCUGAUGAGAUGUCACUUGAGCAGAGAGUGGAAUGAAAUAAAGGUUAGCAAGCCACAUAGAGAGUGCAGCGGGAGCAAGGCUGGUGUCCCUGAGCAGCAGCAGGGAAGCUGGAGUGGCUGGAGUUGUGUGGGUAUGGGGAAGAAGGGAGAGAGGUCACUCGUCUCUGUGAGGCCCAGGACUUUGUUUUAUCCCCUGCUGUACCCCCAGCACUUAGAGUGGGAGCUAGCACAGAGAAGGCACUCAAUUGAUGUUUGCUGAGCAGAUGAAUGCCUGGAGUAGACCUCAGAGCAGGGUUUGGUGGCAGGGUGGGUCAGGGAGAGAGUUAACUCAACAGCCUGGUGAUAGGGGAGAACAAGUGGCCAGAGGGUAUCCAUCUAUGUCGGGGACCAGGGGUCCCUGCUGGGCAGCAGUGUGGGAGACACACGGAUCCUGGCCACACCUCAGACCUCCCUCCAGCCUGAUUACCUGCCUCCCUCCCUUGCAGAGGUUCCGGUUCUGUGGUGAUCUGGACUGUCCCGACUGGGUCCUGGCAGAGAUCAGCACGCUGGCCAAGAUGUCCUCUGUGAAGUUGCGGCUGCUCUGCAGCCAGGUACUAAAGGAGCUGCUGGGACAGGGGAUUGAUUGUGAGAAGAUCCUGAAGCUCACGGUUGAUGCUAAGUUUGAGUCAGGCGAUAUGAAGGCCACAGUGGCAGUGUUUUUCAUGCUCUCCGGUGCGGCCAAGCACAGUGUCGAUGGCGAAUCCUUGUCCAGUGAACUGCAGCAGCUGGGGCUGCCCAAAGAAGUACAGAGGAACCUGGUGCCGGCUGCAGUCAACCUCGAUGUGAUGAUCUUUCUACCCACCCUCUUUGGCGUCUUGUUGCAGGCUGCUGUCUUUGGCCAGCUAAAAGAAUAUCAGCAGAGGAACAGCCCUGCUGUUCCAGCAGGAGCGAAGACAAAAAAGAAAAAAACUGGCAGUAGCCCUGAGACAACCACUUCUAGUGGUUGCCACUCACCUGGGGAUAAACAGCAGAAGGAACAACUGGAACAUCAGCUGGAAGAAGCAAAGAAAGCAAACAAUGAAAUACACAAAGCACAAAUGGAGCAGUUAGAGGCAAUCAACAUCCUCACGUUGGAAAAGGAAGACUUGAAGACCGCCCUUUACCAUACUAAACGUGCUGCCCAACACUUCGAAGAAGAGUCCAAGGAUCUGGCUGGCCGCCUGCAAUGCUCCUUACAGCGUAUUCAAGAAUUGGAGCGGGCUCUCUGUGCUGUGUCUACACAGCAGCAGGAAGAGGACAGGAUGAGUCCAACCGGCUGCCCCAUCCCCUGGCAGCCUGGCUUCCCAGAUGGAGGAUCCUUGAGCUGCAGUGAAGCGAUCCUCCAGCGGCAGUUACAGCAGACCAUAAAGGAGCGGGCGCUGCUGAAUGCCCAUGUAACACAGGUGACAGAGUCACUUAAACAAGUCCAUCUACAAAGAGCGGAGUAUGCUCAUUGUAUAAAAGCAGAGAGGGCCCGGUGGCAGGAGAGGAUGAGAAAAGUGUUGGUGGAGACUCUCCUAUUGAAGGAGGAGAAGAAGCAUGACAUACAUGGGAUACAGGAGCUGGAGAGGAGCUUGUCCGGCCUCCAAAAUCAGAUGGCUGAGCCCCCAUCCCUGGCGCCCCCAGCAGUGACCUCUGUGGUGGAGCAGCUACAAGAUGAGGCCAAACAGCUGAGGAAGGAGGUGGAGGGUCUGGAGGGAAAGCUCCAAUCCCAGGUGCAAAACAAUCAGGCCUUGAGUCUCCUGAGCAAGGAACAAAAGCAGAGGCUCCAGGAGCAGGAGCAGAGGCUCCGAGAGCAGGAGGAGCAGAGGGCGCGGGAGCAGGAGAGACUGUGUCAACAAAAGGAAAUGCUACGGGAGCAGGGCGAGAGGCUGCGAAAGCAGGAGCAGAGGCUGCGAAAGGAGGAGGAGAGGCUGCGAAAGGAGGAGGAGAGGCUGCGAAAGGAGGAGGAGAGGCUGCGAAAGCAGGAGGAAAGGCUGUGGGUCCAGGAAGAGAGGCUAUGGGAGAAGGACGAGAGGCUACAGAAGCAGGAGGAGAGGCUGCGAAAGCGGGAGGAGAGACUCGCGCUCUCCCAGAACCGCAAGCUCGACAAGCAGCUGGCCGAGCCACAGCGCGGCUUCGAGGAUCUGAACAACGAGAACAAGAGCGCACUGCAUUUAGAGCAGGGAGUAAAGAAGCUGCAGGAGAAGCUAGACAAGGAGCACCUAGAAGCUGCCAGCCAGCGGAACCAACUGCUGGAGACCCAGUUGAGCCUCAUGGCUCUCCCUGGAGAAGGAGAUGGAGAACAUCUGGACAGUGAGGAGGAGGAGGCGCCUCGGCCCACGCCAAACAUCCCGGAGGACCUGGAGAGCCGGGAGGCCACGAGCAGCUUUAUGGACCUCCUGAAGGAGAAGGCGGACGGGAAGGAGCAGGUGGAGAAACUAGAGCUUGAAGUCAUCCAGCCCUCUGGAGCGACAGAUGGCAUGAGAGAGUCCUUCACCGUAUAUGAAAGCCAGGGGGCAGUGCCAAACACGCGGCACCAGCAGAUGGAGGAUGUCAUCAGGCUGGCCUGGAACAAGGAGAUCAAGCUGCUGGAGCUGCUGGAGCUGCAAGAUCUGGUGUUGCCCCUUGUGGGCAACCACGAGAGUCAUGGCAAAUUCCUCACCGCUGCCCAGAACCCUGCUGAUGAGCCCGCUCCAGGGGCCCCAGCCCCCCAGGAACUUGGGGCUGCCGGUGAGCAGGAUGAUUUUUAUGAGGUGAGCCUGGACGACAGCGUGGAGCCUGCACCAGGAGCGGCCAGGGAGGGUUCUCCCCAUGACAACCCCACUGCACAGCAGAUCGUGAAGCUGCUUCCUGUAAUGCAGGACACCCAGGAGCACCCAGGCUUGCCUAGCAAACCCUGCGUGCCAUUCUUUUACCGGGCAGCCAAGAACAGGGAGACAAACAUCAUCAUCAUCUAAGAGCUGGUCAAGAAAUUUAAAAACAACAACAAAAAGUGAUGGGGUUAAUCUCCUACACAAUUCAUUUACUCCAUUUGAAUGUUAGAGCCACUCACAUUUAUUUGUGUUUCUAAUUUACCGUUUAAAUUUAUUUGUAAAAAGUUAAGGGAGAGUUGGUCUUUCCCUGAUGUUCACUCUGGCAUCCUUUAGCAUUUUUGUUUUUAAUUUGAUAAUUGUAGGUCAUUAGCACGCAGAUCGAGUUUGCCCUUAGGUGGUGGGAAUUCAAACACACAAAGACCCACUAUUUGCACAAAACUAUUCUUACUGGUUUGGAACAGGCUGCCAUGCUUUUUUAAUGUUAUUGCAGCAUGUAUAUUCAUUACAGAAUUCAGAUAAAAUUUGCUUAUAUUCUGCUAUUACAUUUGAUUGAAUCUUAACCACAGUGAGCUCUUCAUUAGCUCAAUAUGUGGCUUGCCCUCAAGUGCGCGUCGUUUAUUACUUUGUAAUAUGCCACUGUGAGUACUGACCUUUAGAGUUGUUUAAAGGCUGAGAACUGGAAACAGCCUUUCUCCUAUUUUCUGUGUAUUGGGGAUGGGAAUAAUAACAUUUUGGGGAGCUUUUUAAAUCUCACGGAAGAGGAAAGUGGCCUGCUCUGGCAGGUGUGUGCAGGAUAGAGUGUUUCAUUUGUUCUGGUGCCAAGAAUGAGCGCUGUACUAUGGUAGUUCCCUUAGGAUUUGUAUGUGCUCUGGGCUCAUGAGGAUAUUGCAUCAUGAGCUGCAGCAGUUGUACCCUUUCUCGAUGACCUGAAAAGGGAUUAUUUCUGAGGAAUGAAAGGCUCCCAUCAUUGACUGUGGAUGUGGAAAACCUUUUCUAGCUUAGAGCGUUUAUAUCUACAAUACAUUUUAAAGUCAGAGUUCAUGUUACCUGUUUUAAUCACAUGAGUAUAUGUCCCAGUCCACAAAAGGGCACUGGUUGGCAUUCUUCUUAAUGUAUUUAGUAAAGAUUGUAAGAAAUCCUUUAAGAGCUUAAAUGUCCCUGGAAGAGGCAUACAGGCUCUAGUCAAGAAUGAAUUCGAGUGAAGGAAAGCUGUGUGACACUUGGCUUUCCUCUAUGUUCAUGGAGCUUCUUUGAGGCUAGAAGAUUGGUUUUUACCAUCUAGACCUCUCUGGCUCAUACCUAUUCGUCAGCCACAUUGGUUACUCUGACAUAGGAAUUUACUUCUUUUCUUUGAAUGGAAAACACUUUAAAAAUAAUAACAACCAUUAUUAUAAACCAAUAUAUGUGAGAGUACUUAGUUGAAACAAAAAGGAGUUUUAGUAGACAGUACUAUACUACAUAUGAAAAUCAAGGCGAAGUUUAUGCAACUUAAAAUGUUUACAAGCCACAAUGCAAUCUAAUGUUUGUGAAUGUCAAAGUAUUACGAGGAAAAGUGUCUAUACAAUCACAGAGUUAUGUUUCCUCACAAAGUUCUUCACAAAGAGUGAAAUAUGUUUUUAUACCUCUUGGUUUCAGUUAGAGGCAUAUUUUGUGCCAUAUUUAUGUUAGUGUGCCUAUACAUGAUGAAUGAAUUAUUUCAGUCAUACAUUGCCUAAAUCAUGACUUUAAGAUGCUUGGGAAAGAAUCAACAGCUAAAACCUCAUGAAGUUCUAAUGUCUGUGUUCCAAAAUACAUCACAUUAUUAGGAUGCAGGGAGAGAUGUAUGUGCGCUCCCUGGGGUGGGCAUUUCUAGUUACUAGACCAUCUCCAUUUUUAGCAUUUGGCAUCCUCAUGAUGCUUUUAUAAAUAUGACAUUAAUAGGAGAGCAAUAGUACAGUUUUACAGAUGGAAUAACAGAUGUGCCUGCAUUCACUGAAAGAGUACAAAUAUUAAGUCCUUGUGACUUCAACUGACUCUUCCAAAUUGUAUGAAUUUAUCAAUAUAUUAGAUAAACUCAGUUUCAGAAUGAUAAAGAAAAACUGUUAGACCAAAUAAUGUGGCUACUUAACAGUGGCAGGAUUUCCAGCCCGAGGGUUUAAAAUGGACUUAAGGUCCUGCUCUUGCCUUUUAUUUUCUGAACUUGCCGCUUUUGCAUUCUUUGAGUUCAGUUUAAAGACAGUUACUUUAAGUCCAUUUUAAACCCUUGGGCUAGAAAUCCUACCACUGUUAAUUAGCCACAUUAUUUGGUCUAACAGUUUUUCUUUAUCAUUCUGAAACUGGGUUUACCUAAUACAUUGAUAAAUUAUUUCAAAGGUAUUUUUAUAGUUCAAAUCACUUCACUUUUACCCUGACACAUAUAAAUGACUAGGAAUGACCGUCAGAUAGAGUUCAGCAUCUGUAACCAAUCUGACAAUAAUGUGUUCAUCAGGUACCUAUGGAUUAAAUCACGCACUGGCAUAUUUAAGCUGAAUGUCAGUCUGGAAAAUAAAUGUACUAUAUUAACUGAAAUACCACUCUUUGUGUAGGUAUUUUGUCAUAUAUUUAACAAAAAACUAAAAAGAAUGGAAAUCGUGUGACAGUAACUUAAGUCUUUCUUCAAAGUGCAUGCAGUUUUUUGCAAUACCUCAUUCAGCCAAGUAUUUGUUCUCUUCCUCAUUCAGUAUAAGGCAGCUUUCAAUUUGCUUGGAAGGCAACAUUAGAAGGUUAGAGAUCAUCAGAAACAGAAUUUUAAAAUGUGAGUUUAACUGAAUAAAUGUGAAUUUCUGUAGGAAGUAAAGAAUCAAAAUACCUAUCUAAAGACUGCAAUAUAUGAUAAUUAUUUUUAAAGUAUUUGAUUAAACCUGAUAGGUUUUCUCGAAAUGAAAAAAAUCAGUUCUAAAACCAAAGCUAAUUUUUUGAAAAUGUGAAAAUGUAAAUCAGCCCUAUCCAUAAUAUAAUUUCUCUAAAACUUUAUCUUAGUCAUUUUAAAAUAAUUAUUCAAAAAUGUAACUGCUAUCUUAAUGUUUUGAAAUAAGUUAAAACAUUUUAAAUAUGAAUACUGUAGUUUAAAAGAAAGAAACCAGGGGAAGGAAAAGUAAAGAAAGAAAUGCCAAUUCCAGUCCAAAGCUUUAUUUGCCAAGUUUUCUUAGAAUGACUUUUACCUAUUUAUGAAUUCUUACAAACAGAAUGUAUAAUGGAAAUACUGACUUUUGCCUAAAGUGGCAUUGUUGACUGCUGUGAUGUUACUGUAAUGUAAUUAUUAAAUUGUUGCAAAGUGC